AUGAAUCCCGGAAUAAAGGUCGAGCUCUGGUCCUACAUGCCACGCCCUUUCAGCGACAACAAUGUGGAGGUCAAAAUUGAAUAUACUGGAAUAUGUAGCUCUGACCUGCACGCAAUCAAGGAUGAGCGGUCGGAAACCAUGUACCCAGCCACUGCGAGUCACGCAAUUGCUGGCAAGGUUAUUACAAAAGAAUCCAAGGGCGCCAGUAAGAGUGACUGUGUUGGUAUCAUUGGAAUUGGCGGUCUGGGCCAUCUUACCAUCCAGUACGCUCAUACACUGGGUGCCGAGACUGUUGGAAUUUUACACUUGACUAACAAGCGCAAAGAGUGUUUAAAGCUUGGUGUCUCUAUCUUUGUUAACACUGCCAAUAGGGAGAAAGUCAAGGCUAUGAGUAACACCCUAAACUACCUGUUUGUCACAUCUAACUUGCAUACCAGCCAGUAUGGCAAAUUGUAUUCGUGGAUGGAUUUUGGCGGCCAGAUUGUCCUACUUGGUCUGCCGGUGGGCCAGCUCAGCGUGUCAGUGUUUUUUUAUUAA